GUUCCCCUCCCCCCCCUGUCUGCCUGCCUUCGCCGCAGCCGAGCCACGUCUCGAUCGAACCCCUUGCCUCUUUCCCCCCACCGAAAAUAUCGCCGCCGCGGCACUUGGAGAGAGAAGCUCACGCGGCAAGGCGCGACACAAUGGCCGUGACUAUCGAGGAGUUGGACGCGACCGUCCGGGCCUUCUACGAGGGCCGCGGCGACCAGCAAAAGGCUGCUCAGGCUGCCCUGAACCAGUUCAAGGAGGAUCCCGACGCAUGGUUGAUGGUCGAUGGCAUCCUUUCGAAUGCCACUUACGAGCAAACAAAAUUUCUGGGCCUGCAGGUACUCGACAAUGUGAUUAUGACGAGAUGGAAGGUGCUGCCACGAGAGCAGUGUCAAGGCAUUCGCAACUUCGUCGUGCAGUACAUUCUGCAGUGCUCGAACUCAGACGAAGACCUCAAGAAGCACCGCACUCUUCUCAACAAGCUCAACCUCGUUCUUGUCUCGGUCCUGAAGCAGGAAUGGCCUCACAACUGGCCCACAUUUAUCAACGAGAUCGUGGCGGCCUGCCACUCCAGUCUUUCCAUCUGCGAGAACAAUAUGAUCAUCCUGCGCCUUUUGUCUGAGGAGGUCUUCGACUACUCUGCGGAGCAAAUGACGUCGACCAAGACUCGCAACCUGAAAACGACCAUGUGUGCCGAGUUCUCCCAGAUUUUCCAGCUCUGCCAGGAAAUCCUCAACACGGCUACACAGCCCAGCCUCGUCAAGGCUACCCUGGAGACGCUCCUGCGCUUUUGCAACUGGAUCCCGCUGGGGUAUAUUUUUGAGACGCCUCUGAUCGAGACGCUGCGCACUCGGUUCCUGGACGUUCCAGAGUUUCGCAAUGUCACGCUUCAGUGUCUGACCGAGAUUGGGGGCCUACAGACGGGCGGCGCCGGCCAACCCAACACCUAUGACGAGCAGCUGAUCAAGAUGUUCACCGAGGUUCUCACCACCAUCUCCAAUAUUAUCCCCCUGUCUAUGGACCUGAAGAGCACGUAUCCGCAGAGCAAUUCGCGAGACCAAGAGUUCAUCCAGAAUCUUGCUCUCUUUCUCUGCAACUUUUUUGGGAUGCAUCUUCCGCUUAUUGAAAAUCUCCCCAACCGCGACUUUCUCACCCAUGGUCACUAUUACCUGAUCCGGAUCUCGCAGAUCGACGACCGCGAGAUCUUCAAGAUCUGCCUCGACUACUGGCUCAAGCUUGUGCAGGAACUCUACGAGGAGAUGCAGUCUAUUCCAAUCACGGACUUGAACCCUCUCGCCCUGGGCGGCUUGCAGACUGGCGGCGCACCGAAUCCGUCUCUGCUCAACAACUACCCUCUCAGAAAACACAAGUACAACGAGAUUCUGUCCAACCUUCGAGUCGUUAUGAUCGAGAAGAUGGUCCGGCCUGAGGAAGUUUUGAUUGUGGAAAACGAUGAGGGCGAAAUUGUCCGAGAGUUUGUCAAAGAGACGGACACCGUCCAGCUUUACAAGACGAUCCGCGAGUGUCUUGUGUACCUCACCCAUUUGGACGUGGUCGACACUGAGCAGAUUAUGACGGAGAAGCUUGCGCGCCAAGUAGACGGGUCCGAGUGGUCAUGGCACAACUGCAACGUGCUGUGCUGGGCUAUUGGAUCUAUAUCGCUGGCCAUGAACGAAGAGACGGAGAAGCGGUUCCUUGUCACAGUCAUCAAGGACCUGUUGGGACUCACCGAGAUGAAGCGGGGCAAGGACAACAAGGCGGUUGUCGCCAGCAACAUCAUGUACAUUGUUGGCCAGUACCCCCGGUUUCUGAAGGCCCAUUGGAAGUUCCUCAAGACUGUGGUCAACAAGCUCUUCGAAUUCAUGCACGAGUCUCACGAAGGAGUCCAGGACAUGGCGUGCGACACCUUCAUUAAGAUUGCUAAGCAGUGCAGGCGCCAUUUUGUGGCGCUCCAGCCCAGCGAAAACGAGCCUUUUAUCGAGGAGAUUAUUCGGAACCUGGGCAAGAUCACUUGUGACCUGACUCCUCAGCAGGUUCACACGUUCUAUGAGGCAUGUGGCUACAUGGUCGCUGCCCAGGGAAACAGGAACCAGCAAGAGCGGCUCCUGGCUGAGCUGAUGAACAUCCCCAACGUCGCGUGGGAUGAGAUCAUCAAGCAGGCCACCAUCAACCCAGCUAUCUUGCAGGACUCGGAAACAAUCAAGAUCAUUGGCAACAUCAUGAAGACUAACGUAUCUGCCUGCUCAUCUAUUGGGACGUACUUUUUCCCCCAAGUUGGCCGUCUGUACAACGACAUGCUCCAGAUGUACGCUGCCACGAGCCAACUGAUCUCUGAGGCAGUCGUCCGCGAAGGCGAGAUCGCAACAAAGAUGCCCAAAGUCCGAGGGCUUCGGACGAUCAAGAAAGAAAUCCUCAAGCUCGUCGAGGUGUUUGUUGACAAGGCCGAGGAUCUGCAGUCUGUUCGGGCCCAGAUGGUGCCUCAGCUGCUUGAUUCCGUUCUUGUCGACUACAACCGCAACGUCCCCGGCGCUCGCGAUGCCGAGGUUCUCAAGGCCAUGACGGCUAUCAUCACAAAGCUCUCGGCCUUGAUGGAGGACCAAGUCCCGGUGAUCAUGGAGAAUGUGUUUGAGUGCACGCUGGAAAUGAUCAACAAGGACUUCUCAGAGUUCCCCGAGCAUCGCGUGGAGUUUUUCAACCUUUUGCGGGCAAUCAACCUCCACUGCUUCCCUGCUCUCUUGAAACUGGACAACCGCCAGUUCAAGUUUGUCAUUGACUCUUGUCUGUGGGCGAGCAAGCACGAUAACCGCGAUGUGGAAACUGCUGGACUUAACAUGUGCCUGGAGUUGAUUAACAACAUUGCGGAGAAGACGGACGUGCAGACGUCCAACGCCUUCUUUAACCAGUUCUUCCUUACCAUCCUGCAGGAUGUCUUCUUUGUCCUGACGGACCAGGACCACAAGGCCGGCUUUAAGACGCAGUCCAUGCUGCUGAUGCGCAUGUUCUACUUUGUCCAGCCGGCCGACGGAUCGUCGCCCAAGAUCCAGGGACCUGUCUACUUGCCGGGCCAGGCCCAGGCCGGGACCGGAAACCGCGAGUUUUUGGGCGAGUUUGUUGGCACUCUGCUUAAGAACGCGUUUAGCAACCUUACCUCGGGCCAAAUCACGGCCUUCGUCGAGGGUCUGUUCACGCUCAACACGCAUUACGAAAAGUUCCGGCUCUCGCUGCGCGACUUUUUGAUCUCGCUGAGGGAGUUUGCGGGCGACAACGCGGAGCUGUACCUGGUGGAGAAGGAGCAGCAAGAGAGAGACGCAAAGGCGGCCGAGCACGAGCGACGGUCCAAGGUUAGCGGCCUGCUCAAGCCUUCCGAGUUGGAGCAGGAAGACGAUGAGUUGUGAUUGGGCGAAGAGCUUCGUGCCGAGUAUGCCCCUCUCUCAGGCGAGGGUGGCCAAGCAUCGCGGGACACGAGGCCGGACGGCGGCUAUGACGGCUGGGAGUUCUACGGGCUAUGACUGGCGUUUUUCUUUUUUACUGUUGUUGGCCUACGCCAGGCACGCUUUGAGCUCGGCUACGUCUCAGCAUUUUCGUUUUCGCGUGUUUUUCUUCUUCUUGCAAUGUAGUAUGAUACCAAAUAGAAAAAGGUACGAGAGCGAGAUGGACAGAGACAGGAAGAAAAUGAAAGCAUUGCAGGUAUUUUACGCUGUUGGCUGA